CCCAUUAACGCAUGCGCAGUAGCUCAGGCAGAGGACGCCUACACAAGGAGUGGAGGGAAAGUUCAAAUAGGGAGCUAAAAAUGAUUUCAGUCACUCUCGCAUUUUAACAUAACAGUCUAAGGUUGAAUUAUGUUAAUUCUGCUAAGAUAUGCCUUCGAAUCUGGUUGACAGAUGGGCCGAGGAGAAUAACAACGUCGCCAAAAAGUGGAAGGAUUAUGAAACUCGCCGGAAGUCUCUUCAGGACAUAAGGAAACACUGUUACACUGAGUGUCUGAAACUGCAGCAAAAAGUUCAAGGUGUUCCAGCCCAAAUAGGACACCUUAAGCUUGAGAUCACCGUUACAUACAACACUUUGCUAUUUUCACUGAGUUGUGGCACACCAAACGAGACAAAGGAUUGCAUCACCAAUAUCCUAAUAAGAGCAUUAGAGGCUGUGCGUAAACAGGUGCCCACUUAUGAUUUGGUUCCCUUAUGGGAAGUUGUGCUGAAGACUUUCGGUGGUACGGUACAUGAGGCGUGGAUCCACAAACUUCUGCUGAUUCAGUGGGCAGUCUGGCUCUCAGAAUGCUACUAUGAAGGAAUCCUGCAUUUGCUUCUGCAGGUUAAUCACAGAAAACCGAACACUCCAUCAGGGGAUCUGCUUGCAGAAACCCGAAACCUUAGCUUCUCUAUCGAAGAUGACACCUCUCUGCUCGAUGCUUUAGCAACCAAGGACCUCAAAGAGCUUUUGCAUGUGUGCACGUUUAUUUCUAAUGGAGUGGAGCAGAUGAUGAAGGAGAAAUGUACAGAAGCUCUCGUGACUUUGCAGGAAGCCAGCACUCAGCCCUCACCCAGAGCUCUCUUGGCUCAUGUUCACAUGCUCACAGGCUUUUGCUAUUCCAAGCUGGAACAGCCCCAGAGUGCCCUUCAGUGUUACAGAAAAGCCUUGGAAGUGGACUUUAAUUGCCACAGGGCCCUUUAUCAGAGCUCACUAGUAUACAGACAGCUGGGUAACACUAAUGCAGAAAUAGAGGCCUUGCAUCUCCUGCACUCUGCUAUAAUGUUGCGUGCUGAGAGUGAUCCAUCAAGUACAUCAGUGCCAUUGAUAUCUCCCGAUAUACUGCUUGGUAGUAAACAAAUCGACUUCAUCUGCCAAAUUCCAUCUCCUCUUCAUAUAUUACACACACUGGGGCAUAGAUGUGUGCUCAGUGAUAGGACUUCAGAAGGAGCUGAAUAUUAUCUCGACCUCUUGGCUUCUUUACAGUCAGACUCAAAACAGAUGCCUGUGGAUGACGGCUUCUCAUUUCCAAGAAUUCCAGUGAUCUACCUUGAAGCGGCCUUUGCCCUGUUAAAAGCCAAACGGGUUUGGGAUGCCCUUGCCGUUUGUGAUGAAGUCAUUGCUAAAACUGUUGACCUCAUCCCAGAGAGACUGUCGAUUACGCCAUCCACAGCAGUUUCCAGAGAACUCAUACCUCUGACGUUGGAAGUUGAUGCUCCAGAGGAGAAGCUGGAGUGUGUGCUCUGGUCUGGAGCUGCGUACUUCCUCCAAGGGCAGGCGCAUUUACAGCUGAAAGAUACAAAAGAGGCGUUGAGCAAUUUUACUAGAGCUAUCAAUCAGUUGGUGAAAGUGUGUAUUAAACACAAAGUGAAAGAUCCAGGAGCUGAGAGAGGAGCUGUUGCUCACACAGUGAUGUUCCUAGAAGCUCUGAAAGGAAAAGUCCUUGCAGUUAGAGCUGUGUGUUUUGUAGAGAGAGGCCAGUUGAAUGAGGCUUUAAGGGACUUUCAGCUCAGUCUUCAGGCCACGCCAGGAUGCAGGAACACUGAAAUGUGGCUGGUAGAGAUGAUGUGGAGGCUGGAACGCAAGCAGGAGGCAGCAGCAAUGUGGACACAAAUCCUUAAUUCCACGCAAACAUCAACACCAGUAGAUCUGCCCUUGUAUCUGCAAACAUGGCAUGAGGAUCCUACGUCCUUUGACCUGAGCAACCUGAAGAGGAAAAUGGAGGAAUUUAUACAGAAUAGUUUUGUAACAGCAUAGUCACAUUGCAUUAUUCUAAUCUAAACAUUUAAUUAAUGACCUUAUCAUUCAUCCUGAUCAUCCAUCACACACACAGCUGAGCCACCAAGCAGCAAUAUUUUUGGUAGCUGGCAGGAAACUGGUGAACAUAAAUGUAAUCUAUGUGUAUGUGGAUGUGAAACCACAAACUGACUCGUGCUCAGGAUCAGACCCUGGAUUCGGGCACUACAAGGCAUCAGCGCUAUGUGCUGCACUGCCUGCUGCCCUUCUUUUUCUUGAUAUGUAGAAUUAUAUAGAAUGUAUACCUAAGGAAUAAACAUUUUUCUGACAAGUUAA